GAGAGGCUGAGCGUUCCCUAGCAGGACUGCAGUGCACGCCGCCUGCCUGGCUGCAUUGUGCGCUCGUGGGAUGGGGCGGCUGGCUGGAGGCGGGGGUCUGGCCAUUGAACCGGUGCCUUUUUCUUCCGGGUACAAGGAGAACCUAUCCCCAAGAAAUCCGCAUGUUUGAGGCUCUUCCUCUGCAAUGGAAUCCUGGCCUGUGCUGGCCUGGGCCCUGCUCCUUAGCCUGUUUGCUGAUUGCCUGAAAGUAAUUCAAGCCCGAGACUUUACGGUGAAAGAUAUUGUCUACCUUCAUCCUUCAACCACUCCAUAUCCUGGUGGAUUCAAAUGUUUCACCUGUGAACAAGCAGUAGACAACUACGAAUGCAACCAGUGGGCUCCAGAUAUCUAUUGUCCAAAAGACACAAGAUACUGCUAUACGCAACACAUACUGGAAGCUAAUGGAAAUAGCGUAUUGGUUACUAAGCGUUGUGUAGCGCUGGAACAUUGCCUGUCUACAGGAUGCGUAGAUCUCCCCCAUGAAGGACGUAAGGUCUGCACUUCUUGCUGUGAAGGAAACAUCUGCAACUUGCCAUUACCCAGAAAUGCUAGUGAUGCAAUAUUUGCAACAACUACCCCCAUAAAUCACACACAGAGACAUUUCCAAAGUGCAUCAGUAACAAUGUUGUGUCUCCUGUUCAUCUUCGCUACGUAGAUGUCUUAGGAUAAGGAGCCAGUUAUACACCAGGGAAAGCAAUCAAGGAUGAAAAUAUUUAUGUAUACAUAUUUGACCUUAAUUUAAUAUAUGUUAAAUAGUUGUUUUUUUAAAAAACUUUACUUUUUUAGUGACAUUUUAGCUUUGGUUCAUUCAAAAGCCAUAGGGCAGCACCCUAAGUUAGUCAUGACUAAAUCUCAUUUAUAUUAAUGGGACUUUAGUCAUCACUAAUUCAUCUGAUAAUUUGGUUGCUGCUUAUAGUUUCUGGUCUGUACGUUUAUAAUUUGAAAGCAGGGGAAGUUUGUUGCAAUUCUGAUAUUUUGAAGGGAAUUGCUUUUGUAGUCAUCAAAGAAUAUGUGGUCAUUUAAAUAUUUGAUUGAAAGAAUAUAUCCUUCAUUAAGAAAAUGUAUCUGAAGUUGUGCAGUCACAAUAAUUCCAGUUGAGCAAGAGAGCGUCAGGUUAGAAGCUCAGCUGAGCCAUCAAAAGUCCACUAAAUAGGCUUUCGAUGGAUCAGCUGACAGCCCUAAAGAAAUACUAGUUGAUGAAUUAUAUUGGUUUUAACAUUCUGCAUAAAUGUGCAUAUAAAUAAAAUAAUGAUUUUGAUCAAGAAA